AUGGUUGGGGUACCAAACGGUGAAACGACGAAACCGACCGACGGGCCCGCCGUUCCAGAAGGGGCUUCUUCGCUGCUCGGCUUAUUUGCACCACCUCCUGGCUCGGUUGAAAAGAGUGCACGCCCUGCGGAAAACGCUCUUUUGGGAAAUUCCAGAGCGACGAAUGAUACUUCGGCAGCUGUAUCUUUGGAACGACAGCUGGAAUUCCCUCGAGAGUCAACCAUACACAGGUGCAAUAGUGCAGAGCUUCUGGAUGCAGGGAACAACAGCACAAGCAUACCCUUUCUACCAGAUUCUACAAUUGAUGAGCCUUUAGAUUCACCGAAGCAAGGGCUCAAUACUAGAGUCAUAGAAUCCGAGUACGACGACAACUUUGGCUGUCUACUGGAUGGUCCGAUUCUGAAUGAGAAUACCCCGCUUCUUGUUGAAAAGAUGCAGCACAGCACUUCAAUCGGAGGUCUUUUUGAUCCUCUACCGGAAUCUAAGACACCAAUUCCCCCUCACAAUGAGGUUACACCCAAGGCGGGACACAGGCAGCGCAAAACUCUGUUGUCGACUACCCGGAACGCUCGGACGGACUCGGCAUUGCCUCCCAUUAUCGAAUCGGUACGACCUUCCGUUGACACUCACAACGACGAUUCACCGGAAAUGCACAAGCAACAAAUAAGAUCAGACUGCUGGCAAGGCUUCCUAUCUAAAUUUUGGCAAGCUUACCAUGAAUGUCUACAACCCACAACCUGGGUUGGGGCUUUCAUGUUCCUACUCUACCAAAUCGUGUUUUGUUUGACUAUGGGUUCGGCUAUAACCCGACCGCACAGUACUGUUUCUCUGCUAGGACUCUUGACCAAAAUGUCCGCUUUAGGCAUCAUCCUGGGCGCACCAGUCUACUGGUACGGCAGUGGAACGGAAAUUCCUGCCCUCUACCCGACGGUAGAUUUGUUUUCGGCACCCUUUCUCGCCGAGAUUGCCGUGGUGGUCGACAACACCUUAUUCGAAGACAAAAAUGUCACCUACCAGGAAAAUGACGCCUUGUUUUUGGGCACCUUUACUUUUCUGGCUUCCGUGGCAUUGUUCCUUUCGGGAACGCUUCUGGUACUCGCCAGUGUCUUUAAAUUAGCGAAUCUUGGUGCCUUUUUGCCCUUUCCCGUCUUAUGCGGAUUCUUUGCCGCGGUUGGUGUCCUGACAUGGACACUCGCCUUUAAAGUCGAUACAAACGGCCUAACAGUACAUGAGGUGGUCUUCUCGGGAGAUGCAGCUCUUGUACUUCACAGUUUACGUCAUCAUUUGCCAAGUGUCUUCAUUGCAGCAAUUAUGAAGUAUCUGGGACCAAAGAAUCCUUUUUACGUUGCCGGGGUAGUGCUUGCGACAAUUUGCAUGUUUUAUAUCUUUAUGCUUAGUUUCGGAGUAUCCAUGGAACAAAUGAUUGAAUGUGAAUGGUUCUGGGCACGCUCCGACCUUGUCUAUGAAUCGCUGGAUGUCAAGGUUGGCUUUGCCAAAUGGGCUCCGCCUGCGCCUAUGGGAUGGAUCAGUUCCUUUAUUUCAGGAAAUGUGCAUUGGGGAGCUGUCCAAAAAGGGCUCAACCCAACUGUCGCUUUGGCUUUUCUUUACAUGAUUCGGUGUUCAUUGCAUGGCGCAGCUUUAAAAAAGAAUGUGCCAAACUUGGAGAGGAUCGUCAAAGGGAGAGCACGGCCCAAGCUAAUACGGGAUCGGUCCGUCCAAGCCUCUGGACCCCGCCGUCGUAGAUUUUCUGAAGUGGUUGACAUCGAAAAUCUAGCUUCUGUGAUGUCGGAAUUGGACGCAGAUGGCCCCUCAACAAUUCAUCCAAAGCCUACCCACAUGUCGUUGAAGGAUAUUCUGAUUCAGUACGGAUAUAGCCAAUAUGUCUGUGGUCUCAUGGGAAGUUUCGCAAUUACACCUUCAGUGGCAGCAUCGCCGACUAUGUAUAUGGCCUGUCACUUUUUCGCUUCUCUCAUGCAUUGUCGUUGCGAAUUUUUUCAGUUGGGUGCUGAAGGUGUUGCACCACAAUUGGGUUCGGUUCUGCUCUUGUCCUUAUUUUAUUUGACUGACUUUCAAGCAGUUUCCUACAUUCCGAAACCUGCUUUCUCGUCAUUGCUUGUCUUGGCUUUUAUCGAUAUGACUUCAACUUGGUUCGUCAAGUCUUAUUUCAAGACUAGGGAGAAAAUGGAAUGGCUGGUCGUUCCUUUGAUCGUGCUGCUCGCCUUCGUUGUCGGUUUACUUGGUUCAGUCUUUUUAGGGAUCGCCAUGUCAACGUUUCUUUUCGUAGCUGCUUUUUUUCGCAGUGGAGUUGUCAAGUAUGUCGCCAAUGGUAUUGCAAUUCGUUCAACAAUUGAAAGGCCUUUAAAGACAGCAAAUUGGCUGGACAGAAAUGGUGAGCUGAUACAAAUUCUUGUUCUGCAGAACUAUUUGUUCUUUGGAAACGCUUCGUCAAUACUGAACUACAUAUGUUCAAUGUUCGAAGAUCCCGAUCCUGCCCUCGACGAAGUUUUUGUGGUUCCAAUCCCGAAAAUUAUUGUCCUGGACCUGACCCUUGUAACUGGUAUCGAUACAUCAGCAGUCGAUGUGUUUUCGGACAUUUUCAGUAUGGUUGGGAAGCACAACUGUAAGCUCUUCCUUUCUGGUGUCUCCAACAACCUGCGGCAAGUCAUGGCAAUGGCUGGUGUGAAGCCAGAGAGUAGUGUUGAUAGAAAGAAGCGACAGUUAAGGUUUUUCUCGAAUCUGGACACAGCAAUUGGAAAGGCGGAAGACAUGCUGCUUGAUGACGCUGGAAUUGAAGAGCAAAGUGAUUUUGGCUACACGGGUGCAAAGGGCUUCGCUCUCGCUCUGUGGCAUAUUGAUGACCAGCACGACACUAAGUAUGCAAAAGAUCUGAUGGCUCUAAAGGAUUACACAAUUCAGAUUGAGGUCGAACCCGGCGAAAUGCUAUACGAAGAUAAGCACUUGGACAGAGGACUUUUCUUCAUCGAACACGGAAUAAUGAGAAUAGAGCGCAACGCUAACUUUACUCUGUCUCGGGUUGGCAGUACAGAUUCGCUAUCAAAGCUGGGUCAGACCUCGGGUACAAUUUCUUGUCUGAACGCAAGGUCAGCCUCAAUAGGGAGGGAAGUCGCUCGCCUUAAGAUGUCGGGGGUGUCCGCACGAAACCACAUGUUUCGGGUAGCGCGGAUAGGCCCUGGCUGGGUCCUCGGAUCUAUCGAAGCGCUAAGUGGUGCAAUUCAUCCUGGCAGUAUGAUUGCAGUCACUCAGUGCCGGCUUCACUACAUUUCUUAUAAGAAGAUCGAAGAUAUUGAACGGAGCGACCCGUUGCUCGUGUUAACGUUACACAAAUUGCUUUCAUACUUGAUGGCAAGGCGGCAAUCGGUCACAAUCCAUCAACUAGCGACUUUGCAUUCAAUUAUGAGCUCUCCUGCCCAGAAGAAGCCUAUCGGAAGAGCUGGAAGCAGCGGCUUCCAUAUGUCGUAGCAUAGAAAUAGAAUUAUAUAAAAGAAUUGCUUUGCCAGUAAAUCAGCGAGCAAGACCAUUGUUUC